CUGUCGCCUCACAUACAGCCGAAUUACCAGCCGUUUCAACCGGAGGACGGCUCAGCCGGCAAGAUAGCCAGUGAGUCGAAGUUGCAACUGUGCGGCUGGGGCGGGCAAGGCUACGCUUUGGACGGCGUGGACACGAGCCUGCUUCGGCCGCCGCCGCAGCCUCACGCGAGCCAGCUAGGGACAGUAUACGCUACCAAGAGAAGACGGAGGAAUGGAAAAAGCAUCAAACCACCUUCAAAAGACGGCGUCACGAAGAGCAAUCCAAGUAAAAGACAUCGUGAGCGUCUCAAUGCGGAAUUGGAUACAUUGGCGUCGCUUCUGCCCUUCGAACAGAAUAUACUCAGCAAACUGGAUCGACUCUCCAUACUGCGACUAUCAGUCAGCUACUUGCGGACCAAGAGCUACUUCCAAGUGGUCAUGCACAAAGAAAAGGAAGAACUACAUCGUCGUGAUCACACGCACUACGAACACAUCAUGCCGGAUGGAGAGAUGUUCUUACAGGCUCUCAAUGGGUUCUUGAUGAUUCUCACUUGCGAAGGAGAAGUCUUCUUCGCUACGCACAGUAUUGAAAGUUACUUAGGCUUCCAUCAGUCAGACAUCGUUCACCAAUCAGUUUACGAACUGGUUCACUCCGAAGACCGCGAGGAGCUUCAGAGACAGCUUCUAUGGAACUCCUUCCUCCCCCCAGAAGCCAACACACUCACAUUACAAGACGUUCUAAGAUCGGAGAGAGCGCACAUGUUAGAGAGAAGUUUCACAGUCAGGUUUAGAUGUCUUCUUGACAACACGUCAGGGUUUUUGAGGUUAGAUAUAAGAGGUCGUAUAAAGGUACUUCAUGGUCAGAAUAAGAAGACUGAAGAGCCACCCUUAGCGUUGUUUGCUAUCUGCGCGCCUUUUGGACCACCAAGUCUUCUAGAAAUACCACAGAAAGAAGUUAUGUUCAAGAGCAAACACAAGCUUGACCUAUCACUAGUGUCUAUGGAUCAAAGAGGCAAGUUAUUGCUUGGCUACACGGAUGGAGAAUUGUCUAACAUGGGCGGUUACGAUCUUGUACAUUACGAAGACCUCGCGUAUGUGGCUAGCGCUCAUCAAGAAUUACUAAAAACUGGAGCUUCAGGCAUGAUCGCGUACCGCUUUCAAACUAAGGACGGUCUAUGGCAGUGGCUUCAAACAUCCUCAAGACUUGUCUAUAAGAACUCCAAACCUGACUUCGUUAUCAGCACCCACAGACCACUCAUGGAGGAAGAAGGUCGCGAUCUCCACGGGAAGAGAACAAUGGACUUUAAAGUCAGCUAUCUAGACACUGGUCUCACUAGUUUAUACUUCUCUGAAACAGAACAGCUCUCUGGCUGUGAGUCCACAGUGACUACACCGCCACGAGCUGCUAGACGAUAUAAAACACAGCUGAGAGAUUUCCUCUCAACAUGUAGGAAUAAACGACGGGUUCCAACUACACCCGCUCCUCCGCCCGUGGAAUAUCUUGCUGCUGAUGUAGCAGCGGCCUAUACUAACCUAAACGGGACAUACACGGCCCCGUACGGAGAAUAUCCCCCCGCCCCCACCCUACACUACGCCCCCCCUCCCUUAGACGAUAGAUUCCUAUCAGACAACAUCUUCCAUCAAUACAAACCCUUAUCCUAUCACUACACGUAUCCUCCAAACGGUUUUCUAGAGCCGACUCCAUACGAGGUCCCAUACCGGCCUCCAUCUAGAGAGUAUUACGUGGACAGCCGCUAUAUGAAUGUAGAUCGUCGCUCGCCUAACCCGGGGCCUAGUCCGGGGUCCAGUGGGUCCGCGGCCCCGGACCCUAUGGACCCGGGGUCCGGGCCCGCGGAUCGUUCCCAGGCCUGCGAGGUCCCGCGGCAGACGGUGUUGAUGUGGGGCGCCGGCGGCCAGGAGGUCGAAUACUCCCCCCCACAGUGUCCGUCGUUGGCAGGGCAACAUUGCGUCGAUCCAAAUCUUCCGACGGCCAUAGAUUAA